AACGGCACCACACUCCUGUCACUGGCCCUUACUAGUCUAGUCCAUGGGAACCCCAUAGGUAGACGGGUCCGAAUUCGCAGACAUGGCAGAUCAGCAGAGUGUUCGCCUGGGCCGCGAAGUGGAGCGCCUCGUUACUGCCCCAUAUGCGCCCUCCCUCCAGGACCUCCAAGGAUUGAUCCAGACCACAACAUUAGACUCAGUUCGGCUAUGGGCCUUUCAAAGGCCCUGUCAGAUUAGUGCUCUAGUUGAUGUACUCGUCGACGGUCUAUCGCGUUCUCGUUUCGCUCUGCCUCUACUUAGAACAUUUGUCUUGAUACCGGCUGUUCGGGAUGCCUUGCUGGAACGAUAUCCGUGCCUUCUCGACCAAUUCCUCCAGAGUGCUAUUGAAGAUGAUCAGUCCGAGUAUCCUUCAACAUGCACUGCGAUCUUGUCUUCUCCUCUACCACCUGACUUCAUAAUUCCUGCUCGUCUGGCGUCGUUGAUGGAGAAGUUAGUGCAUACAAUGGGAGAUAACCCGUGCGCAGAAACCAUUACACCUCUGAACCAGAUCGCCAAUGGUAUCAGAAACUCUCCGGGAAUAUUGCUCGAGAUCCCAUCUGAAACAAUGUCUAGCCUUCAAGUUGAGCUUACAAAAACGCUGCGCAACCUGAGUGAUCACAUGGGCAAUCUUCUUUGCCUAGCCACCUUUGCACGCAUGGCGUCCUUGCAAGAUCUCGAUGCUGGAAAGGGGUGCGUGCGGUUCGUUCCGUCAUGGUUGCAAAGUGUCAACCAUUUCUUCGGACCCAAGCGGGGCCUGAAGACCUUGGAUCUCGUUUUUCUACGCGUUAUCCUCGCUUGCUCCGAUAGCUGCAGUGACUUGACGGUAGAUCAGGCAGCAGAGAGCAUUUGUUUGGCCAUCGAAAUUUGCGAUAGGGUUGAGCAAGGACAGAGAGAAUGCUGGAUCACGGCAAACUCUUCUAAAAUUGCAAAACUACGAGAAAAGGUGACGAGGAGCGGCAUUGACCGUAGUGUGCAAUUGCUAGGCGCGACAUUCUUGGCAUCACUUCUUCCAAAUACUGCAUUAUCGCCUGAGAUAGCGCAAGUUGCCUUAGAGGGGCUUUUAUCCGAGGACAGCAGGUUUGUACUGCAAGUGCUGCCAUUAAAUUACGUACCGCGCCUUGUAGGGGCAAGUGUGUCUUGUCUAGGGCAGCCUGCGAUCUGUAGCCUGUUGGAAUACAUCAUUUCUACCCUGAACAAGGAACUUUCGAUGAGCUCUCCAAGCCUAUCGCAUGUCCAGGUAGCCAAGUCCUUGGUUGAAGGGCUGCAUUGCACAGCCCUGGAAUCUUGUCCUCCUAUUCUUGCCGAGCCUCUCGACCAAUGCAAGCAAGUCAUUUGGCAAGUUAUGGAAAACUUCCCGAGGCAACCUUCGUCUUCACCAUGUAACAGCUCCCACACCUGCACAGCUUUGCGUUCGCAAAUGGAGAACGAGCUGAUCUACGACUUCUCCUCCUUCUAUGUCCACGCCUCGCUAUUGCGAGACAUGACACAGAACUCGUCGACUGAGAUUAGUACCGUGCAGAUGUUUAUGGCACGAUAUAAGCAGUUACUACUCGUGCCAAAGUGUCCGUUUGCGGAGAUCGAGCCAGCUCGACCUACCAAGACGUUACCGCCUCUUGAUGUCCGCGAGGGAUCUCCCGGGCUUGGUUCUAGGCCUGACUGGAGAAGUGCCAUUACAGAAACUCUUAUGCUCAAUGCACGCAGGUCUAAUGAUAAUCUUCUACAUAAGAUAGGAGAGGUUUGCUACGAUCUCGAGCAACGGUGCGAUAGCAUCGAAGCCCCGCUAAGAGCAGUCGAGCAAGAGCGUAACGCAGCUAUACUCGAAGCGCAGCAGGCAAAGGAGCAGAAUAGCACACUGGAGUCACAAUUACAGCAAGCAUCCGAUACAAUCGCCGGGCUUCGGCUAGAAAUUUCCCGAUUGGAAACUCAUGCAGAAGCUGCAUCCAUCCGCGCAGAAGAACUGUCGGCAACCCUUGACGCAGCUCGGAGAGAUCUAGAGAACCAGAAGCGCGAGUCCCAGGAUACCGUGGUGAACGAGAGGGAAAAGGCCCGAAGUAGGGAGUUGGACUUGGUUGCAUCUAUAACCAAAAGGGAUGAUCAGCUGGAGGCAUUGCAAGAAGAAAUCACGGACCAGAAAACUGAGAAUAUGGCCAUUCGGAAUGCACUGGAUAAAAUCUCAAAAGAAAAGUCGUCCUUACUCGAACAGACUGCUUCCCUCAACCAGGAUGUCGUGGGGCUUGAAGAGAAGCUGGAACGUUGCCAGAUGCUUCUAGCGCGGAAGGAUGAAGACAUGCAGAAGAUAUUAUCUGACAAGGACGACAAGGAGAGAGAAGUAGAAGCCUUACGAACAAAGCUUGAUGAGGAGGCGUUAAAAUCUAACGGGCUGGCGUCUGCACUUGAAAAAGCCGAGAAAGACCUUCAGCAAGAACGCCAAUCCAUUGAGGAUUAUGAGGCACGGCUUUCAGCAGCAACAGCAAAGUACGCAAACCAAACGGAAGAAAUUUCCUCGCUACAGAUGGCGAUGCAGACAGCCGCAUCCGACACCGCCAAGGAACUGCAAACGAAGGAGGCGCGGAUACACCACUUGGAAAAGAAGGUGCAACAAUUACGGAAUGAACGAGCAGCCAAAGCCCGCGAGUUCUCCGAAGCCCAGCAACAUAUUGGACGACUCAUGAAUGUCAUGGGGUUCCGAGCCGAGCCCGACUCGUCCAGACCUCCGAACAGACAUGCCAGGACCAGGCCCUGUCAAACCGCCACAAUGCAACAGACGCAGUCAGCGGAGGACGAAUUCCAGACCCAGCCCGAGGAGCAAGUGAGAGAUUCUUUUGGGACCAAUUUGUCUCCCCCUAGUAGCCGUAGUCCGAAAAGAUCGAGGGAGAAAGCAUUUCCAGGGGCGGAUUCGAAGAUGACCGACAAAAGAUCCCGGGAUUCAACCCCCCGGCCGCAACGAACGCCUCUCGAAGAUGCUGACCAAAACAGCCAGCCGUGUUCUCAACGAAGCACUGCAUCGCAGCGCAGUGAAGGUGGUGCAUCCACCAAAGACCGGGCUCGUGGCAGCCUGGACGAGAACCAACUUCACCAGAUCGACCUGGACAUGGAUCUGGAGUUUUCGAAGGAUUUUCUGUUUCCCAGCACAUCGUUGUCCGCAAGCAAAGACCCCAUGUCAUUUUCAGAGACGCAGCCAUGAUACCAGAAACACGGGGAAUAGUAAGGAGCGUGUAUAUCAGUUGGG